GAUAGACUAAUGGCUCUCAAAAGCUUGAUCUCAUUUUAUUUACUGUCAUAAUCACCUCUCUCUCUCUUUCUCCGUUUUCCUAAGUUUUCAUUCAAUCAUCACUGAUCUAAGAUAUGUCUACAUCUGAUAAGUCAGAAGUGGUGGAAAGGGGUGCUAAGGAUGAUGAAAAGCCAAAGGAAGAACAUGAGAAGGGUGGAUUUCUUGAUACAGUGAAGGAUUUCAUUCAAGACAUUGGUGAGAAGAUUGAGGGAGCAGUUGGGUUUGGGAAGCCAACUGCAGAUGUCACUGGGAUACACAUUCCAUCAAUUAAUCUUGAGAAGGCAGAGCUAGUUGUUGAUGUUCUUAUAAAGAACCCGAAUCCGGUGCCAAUUCCCCUAAUUGACAUAAACUACUUGGUCGAGAGUGAUGGGAGGAAACUAGUUUCGGGAUUGAUACCAGAUUCGGGCACAAUCCAUGCACAUGGAGAGGAGACAGUCAAGAUUCCUCUUACUUUGAUUUUUGAUGACAUAAGGAAUACCUAUGAUGAUAUUAAACCAGGAAGCAUCAUUCCUUAUAGGGUGAAGGUUGAUCUCAUUGUGGAUGUUCCUGUCUUUGGAAGGCUCACUCUACCUUUGGAGAAAACUGGAGAAAUCCCCAUUCCAUACAAGCCUGAUAUUGAUCUCGAUAAAAUUCAGUUUGAGAGGUUUUCUUUUGAAGAGACAGUUGCUAUUCUUCAUUUGAAGUUGGACAACAAGAAUGACUUUGACCUUGGCCUCAAUGCUCUUGAUUAUGAGGUCUGGCUUGGUGAUGUUAGCAUUGGAGGAGCAGAACUUGCCAAAUCUGCAAAGCUCGUGAAAAGUGGGAUUAGUGACAUUGAUGUUCCAAUUACCUUCAGGCCUAAGGAUUUUGGCUCUGCUCUUUGGGACAUGAUUAGAGGAAGGGGGACAGGCUACACUUUUAAAGGACAUAUUGAUGUUGACACUCCCUUUGGAGCAAUGAAACUGCCCAUCACGAAAGAAGGUGGUACUACCCGUCUCAAGAAGAAUGAAGACAGUGGAGAUGACGAGGAGUGAAGAAGAAAUGGCAGCAAGUUAUUAGCAUAUGUUCUUUUAUAUACUAGGCCCAUUAGAAAGUUAAGUAAAAGGGACUUGAACUUAAAGGCACUAAUUGAGAGUUUGAUGGUUAUUUAUCUAUCUUGAAAGUUUCAAGUUGACGAUUUGAUUGUGUAUGGUUAUGGUUAUUUAUGUGAAUAUCAGUUUGGAGUUUGCUCUUCUCUUGAAGCCACGUUCCUGUUAGAGUACAUAAUUGAUAUGUUGUCAAAAAAUUGUGUCAAUUUUUUUAGUCCUAAAUAAACUGUGAGUGGUUAUGUUACCUUUUCUAAUGGUUUAAAGGAAGAGGGUGUUGUAGAGUGUUUUGCUAUUGAUGUCAUCUAUUAAAAAAAAAAAAGUAUGUAAUUGUAAUACUCAACAAUGUAUAUUCUGUAGAUGUUAUUCAAACUUUAUUAUGUGAUGUUUAAAUUUCAUUCAA